AUGCAGCUCAUCCCUGCCGGACUCCUCGCCCUCUCCGUACACCUGGCACUAGCCCUAGGCCAGCCGGUGCGAAGCCCAGCCGAAUCCAGCCCAGAACGAUGCAUGAGGGCAACAGACAAAGAGUCAGGAUUCUGCAUGCCCCAAGCCGCCGCUCCAAUGAUGAAAAUGGCGCAUGAGCGCAGAUGGAUUUUUAUGGACGCGCACCAGCAGGACAAUGAUGCUGCCGCUGCCGCUCCCAUUGACAUUGAGGAAGCGCACAAUUCGAUUCAACCAAUCCUGCCCCCGUCCCCUUCGCCGACUGCAAGUGGGAUUGUGACACACACGCCGGUUCCAGUUAUCACCAGUACUUUCACGACCUCUCCGUCUGCCACGCCCACGCCCACCCCACCGGCCGAUUAUGGUGAGUACUCGGACUACGGAGAUUAUGGCGAGUACGCGAGCUACGGUGACUACGAUGCAGACGUUGUCAGUCGGUCAAUGAACUAG